UUUCUAAUUUUGCCCUUUACGUACUUCGAACGGCCAAAUACCCAUAAUAUCCCUCUUCCUGUAGGAACAGGAGCGCAGGGCACCAGUUCCCUUUCAUUUGACAAAAAGGCUAUCAUUUUUAGGGCAAGUCACGUUCCCAAUGUAGUAGAAUAACUCUAGUUAAGACAUAAUGUAGUUGCAAAGGUUGAAUUUUGCAAAUUUUGAAGUGUAACAGUUUGACAAACUAACCCUUGCAACAUGCUUCAAUCAUAACGCGGCACACAGACAAGUAGCUUGGUGCUGUUCGUAGACAUUUUUUGUUCUAAAUUUCCCAUUUUUGUUUUCUCAUCUUUGCACACACUCCUUUCUCCUUCCUAGAACAAAUUCUUUCGUUUCUUCUAUUCCCUAACAAACAAGCAAAAACCCAAAGGAUCUUUAGUGCUUUAGCUUUUAAGCCUUUUGUUUUUUUUCUUCUUCAUAGCUUGCACCAAACAAUUGGACCCCCACCUUAUUCAGUACCAUGGAUGGCCCGGACACUUGGGACAUUUCACGUACACAUUACCACAGCCUUCCCGUCAUUUUAUAAAUAAAUCCCCCCCCUCAUUCCUCCUUCAACUUAUCUUUCAAUGCCAUAAUUUUUUGCAUGCUCUUCACUGCUUGUUUCUUUCUCCUGUCAUACAUAUGAGAGAAGGAACAACACCAGCAGCAGCAGCAAAGACAAGAAGUAGUGGUUCAUCGAGGAAGAGUAUAUGUGAUGGAGAAUCAGGUUCUUUCCCCACCACAUGUGGAUACAUCUCGACCGACCCUUGGGUUCCCUCUCGGCACAGCUCUUCUCUUAAUCAUCAUUUUCAGCUUGAGUGGCAUCUUCUCCUGCUGCUACCACUGGGACAAGCUAAGAUCACUCCGUCGAUCUUUCGCAGAUGGCACGGAUCCCGAUGCGGAUAUCGAAGCUUCGCCCUCGAAAUCUAAGCCUGAGUACAGGGAUUUAAAAAAAAACCAAAGUCAAAGCUUGCCUGUCUUAAUGCCAGGAGAUCAGAUCCCAAAGUUCAUAGCAUUGCCAUGUCCGUGUGAACCUCCACGGCAAGACAAGUUUGUUGUAAAAGUGCAAAAGCCGCCCAAGCCACCGCGUUUUCCAGUACCUUUGUAUUAGCAAAUUGGCAAUUUGUUGUAAAUAUUGGACCAUUAGAUUAAUUUUUCUUUUUCACCUUGAGUUUUUGGGAGAAAGAAAAGAAAAGGGUGGAUAGGAAAUUUACAGUCUUUGGAUUCCGGACAGAGAACUGGUCAAUUUGUAUAGUUUUCAGUGUACAGUUUCUUGCAUGCCAAGUACUACAUUAGGAGUAGUAAAUUUAUUAUGCCAUUAUUUCCACAAGGAAGAAGAUUCCAAUUGUCAGUUGGAAAAUGAAAUUGUUUAAUGAAGUUCUUAUGCAUUACGGCAUUACCCAAAAGUAGAAAAGAGAAAAAAAAAAGAGAAGAAAAUAUCCAAUGUCCUUGUUCAGAUUGCUCUGCUUAGUUUAUAGAUUGUUCUUCAUUCAUUAUACAGACCCUACCUUAAUCUCCAAUGUAAAGCAAUCUUUAGAUCUUUUCUUUUAUUUUUCUCAAGUUUAAAGUGUGCCUUCAGCACUUAAUUAUAAGAGAAAAUUGUUGAAGUUAAAGUCCAUUUUUCUUGACUAACAGAACCAAGUCCGUAUGCUUCCAGGCUACUCAGGUGGAGCCUUGUCUACUGUAUUAACCAAAGAUAGAACUGCCAAUGAGAGGCCAACUCUGUUUUCUUUUUCCCUAUGGAAAAAAGGUAUGCAAGACUUAUCUGUGAAGAAUCAGUGAUAAGUGCAUCAAAUCUUUAGAGUUGGUUGGUACUACCCAAUAUGUGGUACAACCAGAUUUAGUCUUGCAUACACAGAAUUCAGUAUGAGCGAAGGCAGAAAAU